AUGGCUGAAUGUGACCUCGGCUGCAAACUGCUGCUCCAGACGGAACUGGGUUUUUUGCAACUGUUCUUUCUGAAUCUCUUCCUGACUGGGAAAAUAGAAAGUGCUGUUACCUCAUUAGCUGCUUGCAGUGGAAAACUAGAACAGCGCACAGAGAGACGGGGAGUCAUCUAUAGUCCUUCUUGGCCAUUGAACUAUCCUCCAGCUGUAAACUGCAGCUGGUACAUUCAAGGAGAUCAUGGAGACAUGAUAACGAUUAGUUUUAAGAACUUUGAUUUGGAAGACUCUCAGAAGUGUGCAGUAGACUGGUUGAUGAUUGGCCCCUCUUCCAAGAGGGAGGAGUACAAAGUGUGUGGAUCUUCCAUACCUCCGUCUUUCAUCUCUGCAAGGGACCAUGUUUGGAUAUUUUUUCACUCGGAUGCAUCAAGCUCAGGACAGGCUCAGGGAUUUCGCCUUUCUUAUAUUAGAGGAAAGAUAGGUCAGGCUGUGUGCCAGUCAGAUGAAUUCCGUUGUGCAAACGGCAAGUGUAUUCCCAGUACUUGGAAGUGUAAUUCCAUGGAUGAGUGUGGUGAUAACUCCGAUGAGAGAAACUGCACUCUCCCUCCAACAGAGCCUCCAUCCAGCAUCUGUCCCUCAGGAAUGUUCCAGUGCAGCGCAGCCCACUCCACCAAGUGCUUGUUGAACGAGCUGAGAUGUAAUUCAGUUAAGGACUGCAGUGACGGUUCGGAUGAAGAUAAUUGUCCUGAUCUUUCCUGUGGCAAAACACUGGGUAAUUUUUAUGGAUCUUUUGCUUCCCCAGACUUAUUCCGUGCUGAUCACAGCAGAUCAGACCUUCGUUGCACAUGGUACGUGGACACACAAGAUAAUCGACAUGUUCUGUUGCAGCUUGAUUUGCAGUUAGGCUACAACGACUACGUAAAGGUGUAUGAUGGCAUCGGAGAGAGAGGUGAUAAAUUAAUGCAAACAUUUUCGUACCACAACAAUAAGCGUUCAGUGAGCGUGGAGUCAUCAAAGGGCCAGCUCACUGUCUCAUAUCAUGCCCGCUCCAAGAGCACCGGCCAUGGGUUCAAUGCAACCUAUCAGGUGAAAGGCUAUUGCCUUCCUUGGGAACACCCUUGUGGAAACGAUGAGGAGUGUUUCACCGAUAAGCAGCACUGUGAUGGCUGGUGGCACUGUCCAAAUGGCAAGGAUGAGGAGAACUGUCCCGCUUGCCAGAAGAAUGAAUAUCCAUGUGAAGGAAACAGUGGGCUUUGUUACUCAAUACUUGACCGCUGUAAUAACCAGAAAAACUGCCCAGAUGGCUCAGAUGAAAAAAACUGCUUUACUUGCCAGCCAGGAAACUUCCAUUGUGGUACAAAUCUGUGUAUCUUUGAGACUUGGCGCUGCGAUGGCCAAGAAGACUGCCAGGAUGGAAGCGAUGAACAUAACUGCCUGGUGAUCGUUCCCAGGAAGGUCAUCACAGCUGCUCUGAUAGGGAGUCUUGUGUGUGGCUUGUUGCUGGUGAUAGCCCUGGGAUGCGCAUUUAAAUUAUAUUCUCUGAGGACCAGGGAGUACAGAGCAUUUGAGACCCAGAUGACGCGACUUGAGGCAGAGUUUGUGCGGCGGGAGGCUCCACCUUCCUACGGGCAGCUGAUUGCACAAGGACUUAUCCCCCCAGUUGAAGACUUCCCUGUGUACAAUGCAUCACAAGCUUCUGUGCUGCAGAACAUUCGAACAGCCAUGAGGAGGCAGAUGAGACGACACUCCUCGAGACGGAGCUCAUCUCGGCGUCGCUUGGGCAGGCUCUGGAACAGACUCUUCCACAGACCUCGGGUGAGAGGACAGAUCCCGCUCCUGACUCCUGCACGCACUUCACAGACUACACUGGGUGAUGGAAUCAUCAACCAUGCUGAUGGGACUAUUCGGAGUCCUCCACCUUCCCCUGAAGGACCUAGUUUAGAGGCAAGUGCCCAUGGCCAAGCCAGGGGCCUACAAGAAGCUGGAUGUAGCAGCUUGCAGCCAGAGACUGAAAUCACAGAGCCAUCAUCUUCAAAUGUCUUACCGAAUACUUGCACAGCAGCACACGCAGAGCCUGAGGCUGGAUGCGCUGAUAAACCUUUGGGUGCCGAGACCUCUGACAGUGAGCUUAAGCAGUCCAGUAAAGUGGAUUCAGGAAAAGCUUUCAGAGAUCCUUUAUCUGAAAGCGUUACAGAAACGAUCCAUGGAGGGUCAGCAUCCAGGAGGACUGUCCCAGAGGACAGUAGUUUAAGUAGAAGUCAUCCGCUGAGUGAAGAGCCAUGUAGGUUACCCUUAAAAAAGUGGGAGUCUGCUUAUUCAGACAGCCCUGUGAAUGUUCAUAUCCAAGUGGAUGGACAAAACCAGUGUUGCCCUAACUCAUACCGAGAGGAGCCUUUGGGUAUUCACGCGGCUUGUUGCCAUUCUGUGGAAGUGCCAAUGUUAGAGUCCCCUACUCCCCUCUCUGAAAUCAAUACCAGUGAUGAUGAAUCUUUACUUGUUUGCUAAUAAAAAUUUUUGGUUUUGCCCUGUAAAUUUUGUAACUUCAUUGUUUAUAUGACAGUGCACUUUGAUGAUAGGUGGUGUGUCUGUACUCUCAAAUUUGUCUCUUAAAACCAGUGUGCUUUAAUCCCGCCGGGAGUACAGUACAAGACUAAAUGGGACAAGUUUUUGUCUUCAUUGCUAUUCCUGAAACUCCAAUGGGGCAGAAGUAGGCCAGUAUGCAACGUCAGGGGCUAGGAGAGCAAGAAUGUGUCACUGCAGUUUGGAGGCAUCUCCAUCCUCUGGUAUUUAUUCUGUGCAUUUAUUCACUCUGCAUUCAGGGAAUUAGUGUUUCUUUGCUUUUCAAGUGGUCUUACUGAAACUAGAGAGAACUCUGUUGGAACCUGGGGCAGGCACCAGUUGUUGUAACUAUGAGUACUAAACUAGAAAUAACAUUGCUGUCUUUUUAGACAUCAUAAUUUAAUUAAAAUUUAAUAAUUUUAAUUACAAUUACUUAGAAGGAAAUAAAAUCCUUUGUAGCUUCCU